GGGCGGGAGAGAGAAAGCGGAGCCACAGACAGCAGAUUCAGGAGCGUAAUGGCCACAGAGUUCUCUCAGGACGCGGUGCUGUUUUUCCUCCAGAGGCAGGGAGGCACGGUGAAGAACUCGGAUCUCAUUCUGCACUUUAAGGACUUCAUACGGGACCACCCGGACCGGGACCGGAACCGACAGUUCUUCAAGAAGUUCGUCAACUCGGUGGCCACCGUUAAGCAGGUGGACGGGGUGGCUCAUGUGACUCUCAGGAGGCAAUUCAGAGGAUAUGUUCCAGGCAGUGGUGCUGACGUGGGUUCCUCGGACCCUCCGUGGGUCCCGGUCGAGAAGAAGACCGAGAAUGCCGCCCUGAACGAGCCUCGCCAGAAACCAGAGCAGAAGGAGGCGGCUACACCCGCCCCGCCGGGAGAAACUGGAAAGAAAACAAUCCUACCUGCAGCUGGGAUCUUCCUGAACAACAACAACGUGGAGGAGAAUUUUAACCGGAAACAGCAGCAGGUAAGUAGCACACCUGGCCAGCUUAUAAGACCAGUAACAGCCCAGGUGGUGAGUCACAUCCCACAGAAACCAGAGCUGAAGACACCCAGUCUGUCCCAGCCUCCUGCCCCAGAUCAGGAUUCUAAAGGGGGGCAGCAGAGGGUGGGUUAUGGUCCUCUUCCCGGUGUCACACCUGCACCCCCUCACAGAGAAACCAGCCCAGGACCAGAGCCCCUCAGAGGGAGGUCCCAGCCAGAGCGGGGUCUGCAUCAGGAGGCUCCUGCACAUCCUCAGCUCGCCGUACGCCGUGUGAAACACAGACAGAGCUACAAAACUGCUGUGAGUUUUGAGGAAGAGGAGGAUGUCACAGUGAUGCAAGAUUCAGCAGGAGGAGUGCGGCCCCCAAACGCUCCCCUCAGUGACCCUGUGAGGGUCACGCCUGCACCUUCCUCAGUGCAGAGGAGUUACAUUCAGGGUACUGAGGGUGACAUGUCGACAGCUGGGAUCAGCCUGAACAACAACAGCAACAUGGCAGCAAAUUUCAGCCUGAAACAGCAGCAGGUAAACAGCACACCUGGCCAGCUUAUAAGACCAGUAACAGCCCAGGUGGUGAGUCACAUCCCACAGAAACCAGAGCUGAAGACACCCAGUCUGUCCACACCUCCUGCCUCAGAUCAGGCUUCUAAAUUGGGGCAGCAGAGGGUGGGUUAUGGUCCUCUUCCUGGUGUCACACCUGCACCCCCUCACAGAGAAACCAGCCCAGGACCAGAGGCCCUCAGAAGGAGGUCCCAGCCAGAGGAGGGUCUUCAUCAGGAGGCUCCUGCACAUCCUCAGCUCAUCCAACGGCGUGCGAAACACAGACAGAGCUACAGAUCUGCUGUGAGUUUUGAUGAAGAUGAGGAAGAGGAGUUUCCCAUAAGGCGAAGUUCAGCAGGAGGAGCGUGGCCCCUGAAUGCACCGCUCGGUGACACAGCGAGGGCCAUGUCUUCCUCCACGCCGUGCAUCAUAGACGUGCCUGCACCUCCAGCUGUCCCACAGAUUUAUAUCCAGGAUGCUGAAGACGAAACCCUGACCCCUGGCCAUGCAGGCUUGGCGGGACUGAGGCUGGGACCCGGUGAGGCCACCAAACGCAGCCUGCCUUCAGAGACCGCACUGCACCACAACAUCCGCCAAGUCCACCAAUACUCACGACCUACAAGGGAACUCAGACUGGGGUCCAAUCAGAGCCACAGCAGCAUCUACACACCCUCGUCCGCUGGCGGCUUCUCCACCAGAGCGUCGGGAUGGACCGGCAGCGCUGGAGAUCUGCAGAUCAGAGCAGGUGAGCCUGUAGGCAUGCCCAGAAUCCAGGAAACUGUCCAGCAAACCCGAGAGACAGCGCCAGAGUCUGCGACGAGUCGUGAUGACAGGAAAUCCACGCCGCCUUGGCAUCGCUCCACAGGUCGGCUCCAUGACGAGCAGGAGACCUCAGCUCGUUCGUCACCGCUGCAACGCUCCACCGACCAGCUCCACGAGGACCAGGGCUCUGCAGCACGAGUGAUGCCGUGGCAUCUUUCCACAGAUGAUCUCUGUGAUCGUGACGAGGUGGAGACAAGUGACAGCUCUGUCUCCUUGCAUUACGUGCGGCACCACCUGGGGGUCGCCGACCAGUUCGGCACCAAACAGAUGAACAGGAUGUGCCGCAGCCUGGGAGACGACCUGGAUCAGAUCGCUCAGGAGGAGGAGAGGGGAGAAAGAGGCAGAGGAACCGAGAUGGCUCGACGGAGCCGCCUCCACCGGAUUUCUUCCUCAAUCAGCCUUCACCACAACCUGUCGUGCUCCUCGUUGUCUUCCUGCUCCACGCCGCCUCGAUGCCCGAGCCUCGCGAGUCUGGACGAGGCGGUGGUGCAAAAAGGAGACAAGAUGAACGCGUCUACAGAAGCUUCUCCCUCCUCCACGCAGCGUGACGGUCGCAGCCGGCAUUCGCUGCUUCCUUUGGAGUCCAGGGAGCACGCCUGGAUGAUUAAGGGGGCGGCGGGCAACUGGACGGACAUCUACUCCCUCUUCAGAGAGGACCCAUCCCUGCUCAACAAAAAAGACUUCAUCUCUGGCUUCACUGUGCUGCACUGGAUUGCCAAACACGGUGACCACCGAGUCCUCAACACUCUAGGGUAUGGAGCCGAGAAGCUCAGUCUGACCUUUGACAUAAACGCCAGGGCUAACAGCGGUCACACGCCUCUCCACCUCGCCGUCAUGCACGGCCACAAAAACAUCAUACGGUUGCUGGUUAAGAAGUACCAAGCUGAUGUGAAGCAGAGAGAUGUGGCGGGUAAGAGACCUUGGCAGUACCUGAGCGGCGAAGCACCUGUGGAAAUGUUCCACGUGCUCGGAGCGCCGCUGCAGGAUGUUAUGGGAAAGAAAUCCGUCGGGAGUGCAAACGCCAGCUGGGAGCAGCAGCAGAAGCAGCAGAGGGAAAGCCGCCGUCUGCGCCACCAGGCCUCCUCGGCUUCAGGAGAGAGGCCGUUGACUGUUGUGGGCACGGUGAAGGUGAAGAGGUCAACGUCGCUCGCUGCGUUCCUUAAACAUAAAACACUGCAAAAAUUUCACGUGCAGCAGGUGGACACCUCAGUUUAACCUUCAGGAUGAAGCUGGUUUGUCCUGCAGCCAGACUGAACUUUUAUCUGGACAGCUGGUCUUAAAAACUACCAAGGUGGAGGUGAAGAAGCAGCUAAUGGUUUGUCACUCGUGGUACUUUGUCAUAUCCUUACGCACCAGCAUAUGUCCGAGUUAGAGAUUCUCAUACCAGCAAAAACUACCGGUUGAUUAUGUCACUGCAUAAUUCACUUGAAUAUAACUUUACAGUGUUCACAGUCCAGAAAAUGGAGCAUGGAGCAAUCGAGGCAAUCUGCUAGCAACCAGAGCAAUGACGGGGGGUUUUUGGUGGGCAGUCUUGAGCAAUGUCUGCAUGACGUCGCGGGAGAAACCUCAAUUCCUGCGUGGGAAUUUUUUAAUUUUAUUUUUUUUUUGAGGAAAUGUUCUUUGGAAAAAAUACAAAUCUCAACACGCCCCCUGGUGGUGAGACUCUCUUCAGCUGGUAAUUACUAAAAGCACCUUUUAAAGAAUGACCCUGUGUUACAGAAGCAGCAGUGACACACCAUUAAUCGCUCCUUCAGUGAAACUGAAAAUAUGCGACAGGAUAAACAGGAUUUUUUCACAGUGGAUGCUCAACACUGCAUAUUUUCAGGUUUUCGUAGGAUCUGACGUGUCCUCUCUGCUCUGUUAAGAGCAGCGUUUCUGAACCCUUACCAACAGACUAACUCUCUCAACCACAGCCACGAGCUUUUGCUUUUAAAAACCUCGUCUGUAUCGUUCCUGCUGUUGAUCGACUGCCAGAAGCCUCUCCAGCUGAAUAUAUGUGUGGUGUAAUAUUUAACCACUUGCUUUGCUAACAAAAGAGAGCUUCAUCUUUUUGAAGGCCUAAACCUUGAGAUCAGGCCAAAGAACUGCAUCACGAGUUUCUGCAGUGGACUUUGAAUGCCCAACAAAAGACUGUAUCACAAAGAAGCAGAAACAUGAUCUGAAGAAUGUGAUGGUUUAAGCGCUUGGCCAGUUUUCAGCAUGACUUCCUUAUCUCGCUGUUGUGGCAGGAAAAUACACGAGGUGUACGUUUACAGACCGCAGGCAGAGCCAGUUUCAGUUUCAGCCCUGAUUCAUUUACUGCGUCGUUCAGGGUUUGGAGACGGCACUGCUGCUCUGUUAAUGUCUGCUUUACUUUCCUCCUGCUGUUUACAAACCAUCCAUCAGUUUGAUCGCUGAUCUCCUUCCUUUUAGUUUGAUAUCAUAAAAGUAUCAUGGACAAAUCGGCCAUUAAAGUCACUCAGUCAGGAAACAGCUUGUGAUUUAGAUGGUCACCAGUGAACUAACUCCUGGAUAGCAUGCAUUUAUUUUAUUGAUAUGAGACCAGUAUAAUGUAUAACAAGAAUGUAAAUAAGCAUAUAUCCCACAUGUCACAUUAUUCCCUUGCAAUUUAUACACAAGCUACAAAUUUAAGGGGUAAAUUGAAGUAAACUUGGCUUGUGAUGUUUCAUUCAGUCGCUACUUGUUGCUGAAUGUUUUUAUUAUAUUGUCCAUCUUUGUAUUUGGAGUGUUACCGUCAGCAUCUGUAGUUUUGUGUUGGUGCUUUUGCCUGGUGUCCAUUGGCUUGAGUGGCUAAUGCUAGCCUGUGUCAGCUAACUCUGGCUGUUAGUUGGCAUGACCAUUAGCUUGAGGUGGGUAUUAGUAAAUUUCAGCUAAUUUUACUGCUAGCCUAACCUAAUUUGGGCAAAAUCUGGUGCAAUUGUUAGCAUGAGGUGGGUAGCUAAUGCUGGCUAACUCCGAGACACGAGCAAAAACAGACACAAGUAGACAAAAUUUCCAGUAAUUUCCAUGUUUUUCGUUAUUGGUGUGAAGAUCUUUAAGCUUCUCGGCAGAGCGUGAACACUUCUGGAAGGAUGCAAAUCAGGAUAAACAAACUGAUGGAGAGUCUGUGAAAGGAUCAGCAGGAAUUUGCAGUUUUUAAAAUGAAAACAUGUAAAAACAGAGUAUCAUCCUCUCGCAGCUGCCAGGGUAAAUCUGAGUGUUUCGUUUGCAGAUUUUUCUGAUGUUUACUUUGACAGAUGCACAUUAUAUUUUUUAAUGCCCCUGAAUAUUAAAUAUGUCUCACAGUUGGAUAUGUUUAGUUUUUUUGUGUUUGAAAGGCCUGAUGAAGGCCUGCUGUGAAA